AGCAUAUUCGGCUUCGCACCCCGCAUUCGGCCCAAGCGCCACCUCCGACUCCGACCCCGCCGCUCAGGCCCAGCCCGCACCGCAUGGACCCCACCGACCAGUCGCCGGAGGAGGUGUACUCCGUGUGGGCCCUCCCGCCGGAGCCCGUCCGCGACCGCUUCCGCGGCCUCAUGGCCGGCCUCCGCGCCGCGCACGGCGGCCCGCCCUUCGAGCCGCACGCCACCGUCGUCGGCGCCGUGCGCAUGCGCCGCCCCGCCGCAAUCCAGGCCCUCCGCGCCGCCGCGGCCGCAGCCGGCGUCGGCCCCUACACCGCCCGCGUCACCAGCGUCGCCCGCGGCGACCUCUUCUACCAGUGCGUCUACCUCCUCCUCGAGCCCACCCCCGAGGUGAUCCAGACGAGCGACCACUUCUGCGCCCACUUUGGGUUUCAGAGAUCAACCCCAUAUAUGCCGCAUGUCAGCCUCCUGUAUGGGGAUCUGACAGACGAGGAGAAGGAAGCAGCAAGGAAGAAGGUAGAGGAGAUGGACAGUGAAUUGUGCGGACUUCAGUUCGAGAUCUCCGAGCUCGCACUUUAUCGAACGGACACUGAGGAUAGAAGCUUGGAGUCCUGGGAACUGGUGGAGGUAUGCCACCUUGGGAAGAAAUGACCGGUUUCCUCUGGAUGAUACGCUUCUGCUUUGAAAUAUGAGGCAGCCACAACGUUUAGGUGGUACUGCCGUGCAAAGUUCCUGCAGCUGAAGUUUUGUCGGACGUCUGGUGCAAAAACUGUACCCCUGCCUAGUUGCUGGAACAGCACAAAUACCAUCCGGUGGAUACCAGAUCUUGGUUCUGGUCUUUCAUAAACUACAAGCUCUCGGCCUGCAAAAGCACCCCAGUAUUAAUUAGUUAAGAAUUUAAAGGGUAAUUCAACUGGGUGGAAACAUCUAGUCAUUUAUCUGGAAUGAAGUUUACUCUCUUCGGUUCUAGGCAACUAAGAGUUUUACUUAAUCUCCAUAUACAUGGGUAGCCUUUAUUCUGCUGUAUAUGUUAGUUGCAAGUAAACCAUACAAAGCAAACUCUUCGAAACCUAUGUAUGAUUGAAUUAUAUUAUUGAUUGCAUGAA